CAACAAACCAAACCCUCAACAUUACCAGUAUCGUGGUCUCAGAAAGCACCUGUAAUCCUCAUCUAUGCAUUUGAUAGGAGUCUACUCAGCCACAUGACGUCGAACCUGCCAUUGUAAAUUACCAAUGGCGCCGCCGCCUGCGAAACGCAGGAAGCGAAACGUCGUCCACGAUUCGGAUGGUGACGACGAGAACCCCCCCGCAAAUACUCUGACCAAUUUUCUCUUAUCCUCCCCUAGUUCAAAGAUAACGUCAACAAGUCUUCAUAGCAGAGCACCUGCGGCUUCUCCGAGCCCUUCCAAGGAACCGACUCGCCUGACACGCGCGUCUCAAUCCACGAUCCGGGCCUCUUCCUCUCGGACUCUCCCGAACCAAGUUCCCAGAAGUCCGAGUACCAGCCCCGAGAAACCCAAGUCGAGGAGCAAGAAACGCGUCAAGACUGAAGAGAAGGGCAAGUCUGCCGACUUGUUGACACUCUUUGCAAACCAAACCCAGAAGGCACCAACACAGCCCAAGCCUCCAUCCAAGACCACCCCCGUCGACGAUAUCAUCAGCGACCCUAUCUCUGACGAUGACGACAUCGCGGAUAAGAAAGCAAGCAGCAGCAGCUUAGUGGGCAAAAAUGCGCGGAGGCGGCUUGGGGAUGGGGUUCCCCACACCGGUCACGGUCCCGCAAUAGCACUUAACUCGAGCCAAAAGUUUCUCAAGCCCCCGCGACCUCAUCAGCCGACGACGACCGUCGACGACGACUUGCGACCCUGGGCCGAGCGUUUCGCACCGAUUAACCUGGAAGAGCUGGCCGUACAUAAGAAGAAGGUGGCAGACGUCAGGAGGUGGUUGGAGGAUGUCAUGGGCGGACGCAUGCGCCAACGGCUGUUGCUUCUCAAAGGCGCGGCCGGCUCGGGCAAGACGACCGCCAUGCGGUUGCUGGCGAGGGACCUAGGAUUCGAGCUUCUGGAGUGGAGAAACCCGACAGUGGCCCUGGUGGGCAACACUGGCUUCCAGUCUGCUUCGGCGCAGUUUCAGGAAUUUUUGGGAAGAGGCGGCCACUUUGGUCAGCUUGAUACGGACCUCGAGAGGCCCGAUGCGUCACUUGGUACCAGUGGAAGGCAACCCGACCAGCCUUCGCGACGGGUUAUUCUGAUUGAAGAGUUCCCCAAUACCUUUGCGCGAUCUUCAAGCGCCCUGACAUCAUUCAGAAAUACGAUACUAGAUUACCUGGCUACCAACACCCCAGCCCUUGCCACGUUUGGGCGGCAACCACUCGACAAGCCCAUCACACCCGUGGUUAUGAUCAUCUCGGAAACGCUACUGACGACGACAUCCGCCUCGGCAGACAGUUUCACGGCUCACCGCCUGCUGGGACCUGAAAUCCUCCGCCAUCCGGGGACAGGUAUCAUCGAGUUCAACCCCAUCGCGCCCUCGAUUCUUGCCAAGGCUCUCGAGCUUGUCGUUAUAAAGGAGGCACGGAAGUCUGGUCGGCGGCGCACACCGGGGCCGCUCGUGCUGAAGCGACUGGGGAAAAUCGGAGACAUACGAAGCGCUAUAUCUUCGCUCGAGUUUCUCUGUCUGAAGGGGGACCACGAAGCCGAUUGGGGCGCAAAGGUUGCCUUCACCAAGCCCAAGAAGGGCGCCAGAGAUGGAAUCGCGUUGACCAAAGGCGAGGCGGACAGUCUCGAGCUCGUUUCGCAACGCGAGGCCAGCCUGGGCGUUUUCCAUGCGGUUGGCAAGGUCGUUUACAACAAGAGAGACGAACGACCGCCGCCCGACGAUACGGUUGAGGUGCUGCCGAGCUACAUGUCACAGUACGUUCGUCCGAACCGGUCCCAGGUGUCGAUUGACACGUUGAUCGACGAAACCGGGACGGACACGCACACGUUUGUCUCUGCGCUGCACGAAAACUACGUGCUCUCGUGCGAGAGCCAGGAUCCUCGAGACCCCUCAUCAUCUCUGGAUUACAUCAACGGGUGCAUCGAGUACCUGUCGCAAAGCGACCUGCUUUGUCCCUCGUGGGACAUUUUCUUCGGCGGAAGAGGCCACCCGGCCGGAUUUGUAGGCAAGGAUUCCAGCAGCCACGUGCUAAGACAGGACGAGAUGACGUUUCAGGUGGCGGUUCGCGGCUUGCUCUUUUCAUUGCCGUCCCCGGUCAAGCGGAAAGCGCCGACGGGCACCAAGGGGAGUGACGCCUUCAAGAUGUUCUACCCGACGAGCAUCAAGCUCUGGCGGAGCAAAGAGGAGAUGGAAGGCCUGGUGGACCUCUGGUCGACGAAGCUCUUGAAAGGAGAGGAGAGCGCCGCUCGGAAAGACGUCACACAGGGUGCCGCGGCCUUUCGGCGACCGAAGGAGAUGGGCACGGGCAGCAGUAGCGGCAGUUGGGUAGCGGCGCAGCAAUCUAAGGGAUCAUCAUCAUCAUCGUCGUCGUCGUCGUUAGCUGCUGCUGCCGCUGGGGGACAGCAGAAUCCCGAGGCGGGCGGUGCGGUGCCGCUCCUGUCAUUGGGGAGCGCGGCGCGCAGGGAGAUGUUGCUCGAGCGGCUGCCGUACAUGGCGCAGAUCGCCCGUGGACGCAAGGGCGCGUCGUUGCAUGCCUUGAGACUGCGAGAUAUCGAAAAGGUGGUGUCCUUCCGCGGUAUUGGUCCCGAAGACGAGUCUGGGGAUGAGGCGGCUAUCACGGAGGAGGAAGGCGGAGUAUUGACCGCGGAAGCCUGGGCAACGGACAGGCCAUCGGAGGAAUCGUCUCCGCGGAAGAAGGCGGUGGCCAUCCGGGCGAGAAGCGACGGCUCCACCUCUAGACUGGGCAUGCAGAGCCUGGUAAUAAGCGAUGAUGAUAUCGAGGAUGAUUAGGGCAGCAUUUCCCACAAGAAUGGGAAACACCUUGCUGAUAUUUCUGUGACAUAAAGAGUCAUAUUUCGGGUUGGCGUUGGUGGGUGGUAGAAGGCACGUUUGGGAUGGCUUCGGACACGGACACGGGAAUGGAGUCGAGGUAAAUAAACAGU